AUCGUUGACCUUCGGAAUUUUGAUGAUUGGUCGUCAAGACGCUUUAUUAGUUGUCACGACGAGUCGCUGCCAUAGAAACGCGUGUGGUGGGUCGCGAGCGCGGUGUCGUGAAGUUGACAGUAAGUGCGGCUCCGGAGGAAUUAAAUAAAGCCGAUUUAAAGUCACUUGUGUUUCAGAGAUGAAGAGACUCUGUAUGUGCGAAAUCUGCAACUGUGGGCGCCACUUUUGCACACGCCAGCCCACAUCACUCUACAUGAAAGGCAGCCAGGGUUGUACAGUGAGUGAGUACACUGAGAAGUUCCCAGUCUACAAGAACUGUCAGCCACCAAAGAGUCUUAAACCCAAACAGGAAGAAAAGAGCAACUGUGAACGGAUGGAGGGAAUCACAACCUUUAGGUCUGAUUUUGUUCCAUAUGAAGUAAACCAGCGCCCUGACAAGAAAAAGGCUGAAUACCAACCUAAUCCAGGUGAGAUUGACUUGGCCACUACAUACAAGCAGCAGUUUGGCCUUUAUGAGCUAGAGCCUAUUUUACCACGGCGCCCAAAGGAGAGGAUACGAGGUGCUAACGGGAAGCUGGACACCGUACCAACCUAUAAAGAAGACUUCCGUCAGUGGGAAAUUAGCAAGAGGGAGUCCCCCAAACCCAAGUUGUCUUACCAUCCACCAACUGAGAAGUUUGGAAAUGCCACAACAUUCCAGGAUGAUUUUGUUCCUCGAGGUUUAGUUCCACGUGAGAGCUUCAAACCUUCAACUGUAGCCAAGAGGUCUGAUGCCCCAUUUGAUGGAGUUACCAGUAGCCAGUUGCAUUAUGUCCCUCAUCCAGUGGAUGUGCAUUUAGUCAAAGCUCCUCAUGAGUACAAACCCAGCGACCAGCCUUUCCAAGACCUCACAACACACCGUCGUGACUACCAGGGCCUUCCAGGCCGAAUGCCCAAGAGCUGCAAGCCUGAACACACUACAGUGUCCUAUGAUGCCCCAUUCCAGAGCAGCACUGAGUUCCGAGAUCGCUUUCAGCGGUGGGCUGCAUCUCCACAACGACUGCAGAAAACAUCAGAGUAUAUGAGUCCUACAGAGCAAAUGGAUCUGACCACAACAACUGGCACAACCUUCAUCAAACACCAUAUCCAGCCUUUCAUCCCUGCUAAACCCCUGUCUAGGCCAACUCGUUCUUCUGUUCCUUUUCAAGGCAACACCACCAUGCAGGAGGACUUUCAAGCCUGGAAAGCCCAGCGCCAAGAAAUAAUCCGCAAACCCCCGGAAAUCCACAGAGGCAGUGGGAAGAUGGAGGACACGAGCACCUUUAAGGCCCACUUCAUCCAACACCAGCUGCAGCCCAAUAUUAGCUGCAAGCCGCUUACUGCCCCACUUCGGAACGAAGCACCCUUGGAUGAAGAAACCAUGUACCGCACUGAGUUCACACCCAAAAAGAUCAGCGUGUGUCCAGCCAGCUUUGAGUCAAUACCGGGGUUUGUCUUCGAGAAGGUUGAUGACAGAGGUCACAGGUACUUCCGUAAACUGAGCUCCCAGGAGCAGAUGUCUGCAGGGUGUGAGGUGCAGGCUCCUAAUCCAGUGGCUGUGAUGUAUUGAAAGCAAAGCUACCGAAUUCACAGGAAAAAAAAAAAAUAAACUAAUCUCUCAUAACUUAAGUCUUAGUCUAUGUGAUUGAAAUCAGUAUAUAUGAUUGUUUUUAAUGAAAAAAAAAAAUAUAUAUAUAUAUAUAUAUAUAUUUUUUCCAAAACGUUUUCCACCCUCAGUGUGAAAUUACAAUGUAUACAAAUGAACUAAAUCAGAAACAUUUUAGGGAAUAUUAAAACAGUUGCACAAGUAUGCACACCCUUUUAUAAUUGGGGGUGUGGCUAUGGUCAGAAUGGGCCAAUCACAUUCAGUCAAGUUUAUUUUUUUGUCAAAGUUUGUUUUUCACAUCGAGCUUGGAAAAAGUUCUGACGUGAUUUAUCAACAGAACAGGUUGAUGUGGUAGGAGGUGUAUCAUGACUUAGAAAAUCCUAAACUACUCUAGCUGUGAGCUUCCUUUACUUGUUAGAUCAGAAAUUGUUUGUUUUAUGCACGGCUAAUCAAUUCAUACAACAAAUGUUAUAUAAACAUAUUGGCUGCACACACAACAAAUUAUAUAUUUCAUAAAUUAUAUAAAUUAUAUAUUUCAGCAGGUUUCUGUCCCUUUUCUAUCAUUGUAUGGAACAUACUAAAAAAUCGAACUGUGAAAAAAAUAUUUAUGUGCCAAAAUGAUACUA